AUGGCAGGGGAGAGCUUCCCUUUCACGUCCUCCACACUGCGCGCUCUCCGCCUCCAGAGAGAGUGGCUGGAAUGGGAGGACAGGAGGCGGGCUGCCGCUCGGCAGUGUCGAAGCCAGAGGUACCUCUCUAGUCCCCAGGCACGGCUCACGAGGCCGCACCGCUCCUGCCGAGACCCAGCUGUCCACAAUGCCCUGUUCUCUGGGGACCUACAGCAAGUUCAAAUCCUGUUCCAAGAUGAAGAGGCUGCCAACAUGAUUGUGGAGACGGUGAGCAACCAGCUGGCCUGGUCAGCAGAACAGGGAUUCUGGGUGCUGACUCCAAAGACCAAGCACACAGCACCUCUUACCAUCGCUGUGGCCAGAGGCUACAUAGACUGUGCCCGGCACCUUAUCCUGCAGGGGGCUGACCUCGAUGCCCGGAUUGGAGGUCGUGCUGCCUUGCACGAGGCCUGUGCCCAAACCCAACCCGACUGUGUUCAGCUGCUGCUCACGUUUGGUGCCAAGGCUAAUGUGCUGUGUGAGGAGGGUAUGACCCCCUUGCACCUCUGCACAGCUCCUGAGUCUUUGCAGUGUGCCAAGUUGCUGCUAGAGGCUGGAGCAUCUGUGAAUGAGGCAUCACGAGAGAGCGAAGUCACGCCCCUGCAUGUGGCUGCAGCUCGCGGCCUGGAACAACACGUGACUCUCUACCUGGAGAACGGUGCAGACGUGAAUCUGCUCACCAGCCAGGGCGAGACUGCACUGAAUGCGGCCUGUGCUGGCGCAGAGGGGCCGGGUAGCUGCCGAAACCACGAGGCGGCAGUGAGACGUCUCUUGGAAGCCGGGGCUGAUCCCAGGGCUGCCGGUCGCAAGCGCCACACACCACUGCACAACGCCUGUGCUAAUGGCUGCGGAGGCCUGGCCGAGCUGCUGUUGCUCCACGGAGCCAGAGUUGGCGUCACCAAUGGGGCUGGCCACACACCCAUGGACUGCGCGCUGCAGGCGGUACAGGAUGCCCCCAACUGGGAGCCCGAGGUCCUCUUUGCAGCACUGCUGGACUAUGGGGCCCAGCCCGUUCACCCUGAGAUGCUGAAACACUGCGCCAACUUUCCUCGGGCCCUGGAAGUCCUCCUUAAUGCCUACCCAUGUGUUCCGUCCUGCGACAGCUGGGUGGACGCAGUGCUUCCGGAACUGUGGCAGGAACACGAAGCCUUCUACAGAUCAGCCCUAAGCAUGGAAAACCAGCCAAGACGGCUGCAGCACCUGGCCCGCCUGGCUGUUCGUGCUCAGUUGGGUAGCAACUGUCGGCAGGCAGCCACCCAACUCCCAUUGCCCCCACUGCUCAGAGACUACCUGCUGCUGUGUGUGGAGGGGCAAAUCCGGUGAGCUCCGAGCGGGCCACUUAUACUUCCAUCCGCUCCUACACCCGGCGCUGAAAAACCAACCACUGGCCCUUCCUUUGCACUUUGCCUGCCUCCAGGACCGGGUUGUCCCUCCACUGACACUUUGAGCCACCUGCUGAUCUUCAGGCCGUCUCAGCCUGUCCCCAACCCUCCACUCCCGUGCUUACGUAGGUAGAUGGCCUCUUUAUCUACCCAAGCUACAAAUGAUCCACCGUGCAGCUCUCCGCUGGCCACCAUAUGUCUACUCAGCCCUUCAUAGUGACAAGUCCUUCGUUGGACUUGAUAGCCUAUACCUCUAACCCCAGUACUGGAGGCUGAGGGAGUAGAACUAUGAGGUCAACACUAGCAAGAUCUUGGGGGGAGGGUGUACCCUGCUUCUUCGCCUUCUUUCCAGCACGACUCUGGAUAGAACUAAAAGAAAGGGCUGCUGUGAUUGUUGUUCCCCCAGCAUGAGGCAUGGAACCCGGGGAUGGGUGCAUGCUAAGCAAGUGUCCCACCACAGAGUCCACCUCUGUCUCUUGAUGAAACCCGU